AUGAGCAGUUCAGAGAACGUGUUUGCAGAGGUGAUUGAAGUUGCAAAGUUCAUUGAUGAAUUUCGCGGUCACUACUUUGCCCUGCCAAGCUACCAGGAAAAAAUCGACUUAUUGAAGGACCAAAUCGAACACGCUCUCGAAAAACUCGACGCAAUUCCUAUAGAAAAGAGAGAAUCGCAAGAUGAGGCAGCAAUGUACUUGUAUUUGAGAGGAAAACUACUGGAUGUAUCUCCUGCUUAUAAUCAGGAAGCAGAACGUCUUCUGACGGAUGCUGUUAAGUUGAAUUCCUCUGUGGUGGAUGCGUGGAUAUGCCUAGGAACUUGUGUUUGGAAGAGAGGAGAUCUGGAUAAAGCUAAAAGUUGCUUCAACUCUGGCCUUGAGCAGGAUCCGAAUAAUAAGCAACUAUUACUUCAAUUAUCAGUGCUUGAAAGAAGACAGUGCAUAGGCGAAACAGAGGUUGAGAAUCCAGUAGAAAUCAUUAACGACUGUAUCAAACAUGUCAAGGAAGCAAUCACUCUGGAUAUCCAGGAUGGAAUAUCAUGGUGUAAGACUGCUUUUUUAUACUGA